AUGGUCGAAUUUCCAUAUUCCAGCGCUCCGCUACGGACGGUUAAAGAAGUACAGUUCGGUAUUUUUUCACCAGAAGAAGUGCGGGCUAUCAGUGUCGCCAAAGUGGAAUUUCCAGAAACUAUGGAUGAAACCCAAAUGCGGGCCAAAAUCGGUGGUUUGAAUGACCCACGUCUUGGUUCUAUCGACCGUAGUUUCAAAUGUCAAACGUGUGGUGAGGGCAUGAACGAUUGCCCAGGUCAUUUUGGCCACAUCGAACUGGCAAAGCCCGUUUUCCAUAUCGGUUAUAUCUCUAAGAUUAAAAAGGUCUGCGAGUGUGUAUGCAUGCACUGCGGUAAACUUCUACUCGAUGAACAUAGUGAGUUGAUGAGGCAAGCAAUCAAAAUCAAGGACCCCAAGCGGAGGUUCAAUGCUGUCUGGUCUCUAUGUAAGGCCAAGAUGGUGUGUGAUACCGAAGUUCCAUCUGACGAUGAUCCUACUCAAUAUGUCUCCAGAGGUGGUUGCGGUAACACUCAGCCUAGCAUAAGGAAAGAUGGUCUUUCGUUGGUCGGUACGUGGAAAAAGGAUAAAGGUGCCGACGAUGCCGAUCAGCCCGAAAGACGUAUCAUCUCCGCUGACGAAGUUCUCAAUGUUUUCAAGCAUAUAUCACCAGAAGACUCCACACGGUUGGGAUUUAAUGAAGAUUUCGCUCGUCCUGAAUGGAUGAUCUUGACGGUGUUACCGGUUCCUCCUCCUCCUGUGCGUCCAUCUAUUUCUUUCAACGAGACUCAAAGAGGUGAAGACGAUUUGACUUACAAGCUCGGUGAUAUUUUGAAAGCAAAUAUCAAUGUGCAACGACUUGAAAUUAAUGGGUCCCCGCAGCAUGUUAUUCAAGAAUCGGAAUCGCUUCUGCAGUUCCAUGUUGCUACGUAUAUGGACAAUGAUAUAGCGGGACAGCCUCAAGCGCUGCAGAAAUCCGGCCGUCCUAUCAAAUCUAUUCGUGCCCGUUUGAAGGGUAAAGAAGGGCGUAUUAGAGGUAAUUUAAUGGGUAAGCGUGUUGAUUUUUCUGCACGUACCGUCAUUUCUGGUGAUCCAAACUUGGAUCUGGACCAGGUGGGUGUACCAAAGUCAAUUGCCAGAACUUUGACCUAUCCAGAGGUUGUGACACCAUACAAUAUCGACCGCCUAACACAAUUGGUGCGGAAUGGACCUAAUGAGCACCCGGGUGCAAAAUAUGUCAUUCGUGACAAUGGUGAUCGUAUAGAUCUAAGAUACAGCAAAAGGGCUGGUGACAUUCAACUGCAAUAUGGAUGGAAGGUUGAACGGCAUAUUAUAGACGACGAUCCCGUUCUUUUCAAUCGUCAACCCUCCCUACACAAAAUGUCUAUGAUGGCCCACAGAGUUAAGGUUAUGCCUUAUUCUACUUUUAGAUUGAACUUAUCGGUCACCUCACCAUACAAUGCCGAUUUCGACGGUGACGAAAUGAAUUUGCACGUUCCACAAUCGGAGGAGACUAGGGCUGAACUGUCACAGCUUUGCGCAGUGCCGCAGCAAAUUGUGUCCGCUCAAUCAAACAAACCUUGUAUGGGCAUUGUUCAAGAUACCCUUUGUGGUGUCCGGAAAAUGACACUGAGAGAUACUUUCAUUGAACUUGACCAAGUUCUCAAUAUGCUAUAUUGGAUCCCAGAUUGGGACGGAGUUAUACCCACUCCAACAAUUCUAAAACCUAAGCCUCUAUGGUCUGGUAAGCAAAUCUUAUCUAUCGCUAUCCCCAGUGGUAUCCACUUACAGAGAUUCGACGAAGGUACAACACUUUUGUCACCUAAAGACAACGGGAUGUUGAUCAUUGACGGUCAAAUUAUUUUUGGGGUUGUAGACAAAAAGACGGUUGGGUCUUCAAGCGGCGGUUUAAUCCACGUUGUAACGAGAGAGAAGGGUCCCAAAAUUUGUGCCAGACUUUUCAGUAACCUCCAAAAAGUGGUCAACUUCUGGUUGCUUCACAACGGGUUCUCAAUCGGUAUAGGUGAUACUAUUGCAGAUGAAAAGUCCAUGAGAGAGAUCACGGAUGCCAUCAUGGUUGCAAAGAGAAAGGUAGAAGAGGUGACAAAGGAGGCGCAGGCAAAUUUGCUGACUGCGAAGCACGGGAUGACGCUACGUGAAUCGUUCGAAGAUAAUGUGGUGCGUUAUUUAAACGAGGCAAGAGACAAAGCAGGUCGAUCAGCGGAAGUGAAUUUAAAGGAUUUGAAUAACGUCAAGCAGAUGGUAAGUGCAGGCUCAAAAGGUUCAUUUAUUAAUAUCGCUCAGAUGUCUGCUUGCGUUGGCCAACAGUCCGUCGAGGGUAAACGUAUUGCGUUUGGAUUUGCCGAUCGGACGCUACCUCACUUUUCUAAGGACGACUAUUCUCCUGAAUCUAAAGGUUUUGUUGAAAAUUCGUACCUAAGAGGGCUCACUCCUCAAGAAUUUUUCUUUCACGCCAUGGGUGGACGUGAAGGUCUGAUUGACACAGCUGUGAAGACUGCAGAAACUGGUUAUAUUCAACGUCGUUUGGUUAAAGCUCUAGAAGACAUCAUGGUGCAUUAUGAUGGUACGACUAGAAACUCUUUGGGUAACGUAAUCCAGUUUGUCUACGGAGAAGAUGGAAUGGACGCUGCACACAUUGAGAAGCAAUCAAUUGAUAGUAUCGCUGCGUCCGAUGCUGCCUUCGACCGGAGAUACAGGAUCGAUCUGCUGAACCCCAAGCACGCUCUAGACCCUUCAUUAUUGGAGUCAGGAUCAGAAAUUAUUGGUGAUUUGAAGCUUCAGGCUCUUUUGGAUGAAGAAUACAGACAAUUACUAGAAGACAGGGCGUUCUUGAGAAAGAUUUUCGUGGAUGGUGAACAGAAUUGGCCGCUCCCGGUAAACAUUAGACGUAUCAUCCAAAAUGCCCAGCAGACCUUCCGUAUCGAACACUCAAAGGCCACCGAUCUAACCAUCCUUGAUGUUAUCUUUGGGGUCAGAGAUCUACAAGAAAGGCUGCUCGUAUUGCGUGGUAAAAGCCAGCUUCUACAAGAAGCUCAAAAGAAUGCCGUAACCUUAUUCUGUUGUCUCUUGCGGUCUCGAUUGGCUUCCCGCAGAGUCAUUCAAGAGUACAGACUAACCAAACAAACUUUUGAUUGGGUGAUGAAUAAUAUUGAAGCUCAGUUUUUGAGGUCGAUUGUUCACCCUGGUGAAAUGGUGGGUGUGCUUGCAGCGCAGUCCAUUGGUGAACCCGCGACUCAGAUGACAUUGAACACUUUCCAUUUUGCAGGUGUCGCUUCGAAGAAGGUUACCUCAGGUGUUCCCCGUUUGAAGGAAAUUUUGAAUGUGGCAAAAACUAUGAAAACUCCUUCUCUCACAGUCUAUCUCGAGGGGGACUACGCCGCUGACCAGGAGAAGGCCAAGCUGAUCAGAUCCGCAAUUGAGCACACGACGUUGAAAAGUGUUACAGUUGCGUCUGAAAUUUACUACGAUCCUGAUCCACGCUCCACUGUGAUUGAGGACGAUGAAGAAAUUAUCCAGCUUCAUUUCUCGCUGAUGGACGAGGAAACAGAGCAGUCUUUAGACCAUCAGUCGCCAUGGUUACUACGUCUUGAAUUAGACCGUGCAGCCAUGAACGACAAAGACUUGACUAUGGGUCAAGUCGGAGAAAAAAUAAAGGAAACUUUUAAGAACGAUCUCUUCGUCAUCUGGUCUGAAGAUAACGCCGAAAAAUUAGUCAUUCGUUGUCGUGUUGUUCGUGAUCCUAAGACUCUUGAUUCCGAGGCGGAAGCUGAGGAAGAUCAUAUGUUGAAGAGAAUUGAAAAUACCAUGCUGGAAAGUAUCACGUUGCGAGGUGUUGAAGACAUCACUCGUGUCGUCAUGAUGAAAUACGAUCGUAAAACGCCCAGUCCAACAGGUGAAUACCACAAGGUCCCCGAGUGGGUUUUGGAGACAGAUGGUGUAAAUCUUGCCGAAGUCAUGAGUGUGCCUGGUGUUGAUUCAUCUCGUAUCUACACAAACUCCUUCAUCGAUAUUAUGAACGUAUUGGGAAUUGAGGCAGGUCGUGCUGCACUGUACAAGGAGGUCUACAACGUUAUUGCAUCCGAUGGUUCUUACGUUAACUACCGUCACAUGGCAUUACUGGUUGAUGUUAUGACGUCUCAAGGUUUCUUAAUGUCUGUUACUCGUCAUGGGUUCAAUAGGUCUGACACUGGUGCCCUCAUGAGAUGUUCUUUUGAAGAGACGGUUGAGAUUUUAUUUGAAGCUGGUGCUGCUGCAGAACUCGACGACUGCCGAGGUGUAUCUGAGAAUGUUCUACUGGGUCAAGUCGCCCCUAUUGGUACAGGCGCUUUCGAUGUCAUGAUCGAUGAAGACUCUUUGGUCAAAUUCAUGCCCGAACAGAAAACCAGCGAGAUUGCCGAUGGUCAAGAUGGUUCUAGAACUCCUUAUAACAAUGAAAGUGGUUUGGUCAAUGCCGACGUUGAUGUCAAAGAUGAGCUCAUGUUCUCGCCUAUGGUCGAUUCAGGCUCUACAGAUGCUAUGUCCGGAGGCUUUACAGCGUACGGGGGAGCAGAUUACGGCGGUGCGUCAUCUCCGUUCAGCGGAUACGGCGAUGGCCCCUCAUCACCUGGAUUUGGAGGAGUUGCCUCUCCCGGAUUUUCUCCUUCUUCCCCAGCCUAUUCCCCAACUUCGCCAAGCUACAGCCCAACUUCUCCCAGCUACAGCCCAACCUCACCAUCUUACUCCCCAACAUCGCCAUCAUACUCACCAACGUCGCCAAGUUACAGUCCGACGUCACCAUCCUACUCGCCUACUUCACCAUCCUACUCACCAACGUCCCCAAGCUAUAGCCCAACCUCACCAUCUUACUCCCCAACAUCGCCAUCAUACUCACCAACGUCGCCAAGUUACAGUCCGACGUCACCAUCCUACUCGCCUACUUCACCAUCCUACUCCCCAACUUCGCCAAUCUACAGCCCAACUUCUCCCAGCUACAGCCCAACUUCUCCCAGCUACAGCCCAACUUCUCCCAGCUACAGCCCAACCUCCCCAUCUUACUCCCCAACAUCGCCAUCAUACUCACCAACGUCGCCAAGCUACAGCCCAACAUCACCAAGCUACAGUCCUACUUCACCAUCUUACUCUCCUACUUCACCUUCCUACUCUCCUACUUCACCAAGCUACAGCCCAGGUUCACCUUCAUAUUCACCUAACUCUCCUAAGGACGAUGACAGCAAUGGCGAUAAUACUAAUAAUAAUUCUCAAUGA